CUGCACAUGUACAUGUAAAAAGUACAUAGACGUAACUAGUCGUGACACAUGGAAAAUAUUAGAGACAGAGAAAGAGAGAAUAUGUCAUUCUAUGUAUGCGUGCGAGUCACUCAUACAUAUGUAGGUUUGCUUGUGGUGGUACGCUGGCUUUCAGUAUUUCAGUUCCGCGCCACCACGGCUGCUGUCAGAGUUGUAACAUGAAUUCUUGCACUCGAUUAUAGUAAAUCAAUUAAAGUACGUGAUAUAGAAAAUUUUUAAUAAAUAAUCUAAUCAGCAUGGACUAUAAAGAUGAGCAACGCAACGAGAUCGAAGCGUUGGAAUCCAUUUAUUGUGGAGAAUUAGAGAUUUUAGUUAUUGAACCAUAUCAUACGUUUGCUAUACCUAUUAAAACUGAAGAAUAUGAUCCAGACACUGGAAACGGUCUUGGUUGUCGUCUAGAAUUUACUUAUACUGCAAACUAUCCAGAUGAGCCACUUCUUGUAUCCAUAGAGGAACAGGAGAAUUUCGAAGAAGGAGGCGAUGAAAAAUUAAAGGAGCAUUUAGUAGAACAAAUGAAUGAAAACCUUGGGAUGGUUAUGGUAUUUACUUUAGUUAGCGCAGCUCAAGAAUGGCUUAAUGUACAGUGGGAUAGGAUUAAAUUAAAAAGGGAAGAGAGUGCAGCAAAGAAGCUUAAAGAAGAAGAAGAAUUAGAAAGGAAAAAGUUUGAGGGAACAAGAGUUACGGUAGAAACAUUUAUGAAGUGGAAGGAAAAGUUUGAUGAGCAAAUGGGAUAUACGAAAAAGAGAGAAUUGGCUGAACGCGAGGGAAAGAAGCUGACUGGUAGAGAAUUAUUCAUGACUGACAAAACGUUAGACCAGUCCGACCUGAAAUUCUUAGAUGAUGAUUCCGUUAAAGUAGAUGAGAGUUUAUUUCAAAAUGUAUGCGAUCUGGAUUUGGUAGACGAUGACGACGAUGUCGAUCCAAACGUUUUUUAUCAUGAUAGUGCCUAAAUAAAACAUCCUCAAGUUGUAUAAUAAUGUUUAUAAGAUGUUCCCGAGAUUCCUAAUUAUCGGAUAUGUACAUGCAAAAUGAA